ACUAAUUUCAUCGAACGUAGAAAUCGAAUAUUUUUUUUAGUUUUGUGGUGAUAUUUUUUAUUGUUUUUAAAUAUAAAUUUUAUUUUGUUUUUAAAAAAAAACCCAAUAAAUAAAAUGUGUAAACGUUUUAUUUUAUCGUUGUUUGUGAUUUUUUUAUGUACGGUGGUUAAUGCACGAUAUUUUGUUAUUAACGGUUGGAAUAAUGGUGCUGUUGUAGAUCCUCGAACGCCUGCAGAUAUUAUGGUUGAUGUUACUAAUAAUAUUGGACUACAAGUUUUGGAGUGUCAUAACAUCAAUAAUCAUAACAACAUUGCAUUCUCACCGUAUGGUUUAACAAGUGUAUUGAUUGCACUACAAGAAGGUGUAACCGGGGAAGCGGCCUUACAAAUUCAUCGAACCGCUCGUUUCCCAUUCGAUCGAGAUGUAAUACGUGUUGGAUUUCGUGAUAUACAUCGUUUAUUACGGAGCUAUUUUGUGCCAAAAGAAGGCUUUCUGGCAGGAUUAUCUUUGAACAAUGAUAAUAUAACCUUAACUCCUGGUUAUAAAGCGGUCUUACAAUUUUUUGGCUAUGAUCUACAAACAAAUAUGACCACGAGUACAUCUUUACCUCCGGAAACUACGACCGUUAUGACUACCGUACUAUCUCAAACUGAGAAACCUACCAGUACCUCACCUGAAAUGCCGUCAACUUCAUUUACAACGGAAACAACGGAAGUAAUGACAACAAUGUUAAGUGAAACCCCUGAAACAACUACAAUGAAAAUUAGCUCAGAAACUACGACUGUAGCAGAAAAUGCAAUGGAGACUAGUGAAAGUGCGGCUACAACAAUGAUGUCAGUAAUGUCAACAAUGAGUGCAAUGACUUCCGGUGAAACAACCAUUAUGGAGGACACUACACCAAUCAUGACAUCCCCACCAACAACUGAAGCAGUUGAGAUAAUGACAACUUCAAAAUCAGAGUCAGAAACUACAACGACUGAAAAAGCAGAACCAGAAACCACCACACUUCCAAAGUCGGACACAGAAACUACAACGGCUCAAAAUUCAGAACCAGAAACUACGAUGGCUGAAGAGCCAAAACCAGAUACAGAAACGACAACGCCGAAGUCAGAACCAGAGACAACAAUGGCUGAAGAGCCAAAAUCCGAAACAACAACUGUAUCAGAAACUCCGACUGAGCCUACAACAAUAACAACAGAAACUUCUGCUCCAGAAAUGACACCAGAAAUAACUACUGUGUCAACAACUAUUCCAGAAACCACUAGUUCCGAAACAGUCACAAUGACAAAAGAAGAUGAAACCACAAUGGCAAUGGCUGUGACACCAGAAACACCCGCAGAAAAUUCCGAAGAACCUCCUGAAGAGCCAGAAAUCGAAAAUAAUUCACCAGAAACAUUGGAGUCAGUAGAUACAAAUACCGAUGAAACAGCUUCCGCGUCUGUGAGUAGCGAAAGUAGCAAUGAGAUUGAAACAUUAAGUAUCGAAGAAAUGACAACUAUGGGAAAAUCUACAACUAGUAGUGAAGAACUUACCACAAAUAGUUUGGAAACCAUGACGAUGGAAACAGAAUCACCAAGACGUAAACGAUCACUCGCUGACUAUUUAAUAGCAAGACAUUAUGAUGGACAAAAUUAUUUUACAUUCCAAGAACCAAUUGUGACAAGCAUACCACCAAUACAAAGUCGACAAUAUCCAUUCUUAGUGAAUGGAAUCAAGGAACAGUAUAAUGUAAAUUAUACGGAAUAUGAUACAGUGUUACCAUUUACGUAUUUACCGUUAUUACGCUCACUUGCACUAAAAUUCCCACUAGACAGUGAUAAAUAUUAUUUGUUAAUUGUGUUACCAUUAAACCCACAAGGUGUGAAUACAUUAAUUUGUGAUAUUAGAAAAUAUGACACUUUAAGAAACAUUAUUCGAAAUUUAAAAGACACUUAUGUACGUGCCAUUAUUCCUAGUUUCAUGUUAAAAGGUUUUGUAUUUUUAACAAACACUUUGCAAAGGCUUGGAAUUCACAAUAUAUUUGAACCAGGUCAUGCUGAUUUCAGUUUGAUGACAGAAGAUGAGAAUAUUUACGUGACGAAUAUAGAACAAGCAGUAACAGUUACAAUAAGAAAUUAUAUGGAAUCAAGCAUUAAAAAAAGGCAUUACUACAAUUAUCGACCAGUUGAAUUCAAAGUCACGCAUCCCUUUAUCUAUUUCAUCAUGGAUUCAACAUUGGAUGUAACUUUAAUGACCGGAAAAGUUGUGAAUCCACUAAACUCAAGAAUACAAUGAUAAGAUAUGAAAAGUCUCAAUUCUAGAAACAUUUAUUUUAUUUCGAAUCGAAAUGUACGAAUUUGAAAUCAAUGUAUAAUUGAUUUAGUUUUAAUACGUUAAGGAAAGCCAUAAAUGAAUUAGUUAAAAGUUUUCCAAUAAUUGACAAUAAUUUUUACAAUUUUAAACUCAUGACAAACGGAUGCAGUAAAAAACCAUAGAGAUAAUAUCAUAAAGGUGCAAAGUCACUGGCCCAACGGUUGAUCGCAGUAGAGAGAGACAUAUGAAUAUAAAGUAGGCGCGUAUAGCUGUCUCUUUCUCUUUCACUGCGGGCAAGAAUUUACGUAAUGCGUUUCCUAUAUCUAUACAGCUCUAUGGUAUCUCUAUGAAAAAAACUUAUGUACUUUAUUAAUUAAUUAUCAUGGCUCUGAGGUAAAGUCCAUAAGAGUCAUAAUAGUCAAAAUACAGUUAUUUUCUAUAAAUUGAUAAUAAUUAGUACUAUCCUGAUUACCAAACAACUAAUAACGAUUUAAUGUGAUAAACAAUCAGGGCCAGAUUAAUCAUGUCGGGGGCACAGGCAAUGCAUUCUUUGGAGUUCCUUUUCAACCUUUUGAAGAUCAUCGACUGUUUUUAAAUUGUUGAAGGGAUGUGAGGAAACGCAGUUAUUUUAAUUUUAGUUUUAUUCUUGUUGUAUAAAAUGUAAUAA